AUGGCCCUUCGUUUCCAGAACAACUAUGACUUUCAAGACGUCCCAAUACCCACCAGCACAGCUCGCCAGCCUCCACGAACAGGUGCCACGAUCAAGAGGGCGAAGACGUUGACGAGGCCAGAGCGGAGCGUUGCGCCAGUACCACUCAUCACACCGGCUCAAGUCUCUCUACCAACUCCAGCAGGCGCCCAGCCAGACCCACAAGCCUACCCUGGCUCUCAGGCAUGGCGAAUAGCUUCCCGCAUCAUCACAUUUUGGGCACCCGAUUUCUUGCUCAGCUCACUCGGUGGCCUCAAGGACGCCCAGGUUAGGCAGGCUUGGAGAGAAAAAAUAUCUCUCUGCUUCAUAAUAGCCGUCCUGUGCGGUUGCGUAGGCUUUGCUACAGUGGGCUUUCAAAAGGUCCUCUGCCCUGCCUCUGGCGAGUCAGACCGCCACUUUAUCAGAGUGGGCAGCGCUCCAAACACCCUCGGAAUCCUGGGUCAAAUGUUCAACGUAACCGACUCAACGCCAGCUCCCGACGUCGAUUUUAGAGCCCUCGCAGCUCAAAGUAACGGCCAGGACAUCACCCCCCUGUUUUCCAGGACAGCUUCCCUCUUCUCCCUCUGUCAGGGCCUCCCUUAUCGAAUCGCCACGGAAGAACCCUGCUCCUCCGCAAACCCAUGUCUUCUCCCAUCCAUCGCUGCAAAUAGCACAUUCCAGCAGUUUUCCUUGCGCAACACAAACCAACUCGCUGGAUACGACUGGGAUCAGGUCGCUGGACUCCGGAACUACAUGGUCCUCGACGGCGCUGUUCUCAACCUCACGCCCUACCUUUCGAUUCACACCCGCCCCAUUCCUGGAGACAACGUCGAUAAGGCCAUUCGCACCGUCAUGGCACGGAUAGAUAGCGGAAGGGAUGCAACUCGCCUGUUCACAAGUCGGGAAGAUCUCAAGUCCGUCAUCCCUUGCAUGAAGCAGCGAUAUCUCGCCGGAAACAUCGACAAGAUCACCCCCGGUUGCUUCGCGUCAAGUCUCAUGCUCUACGCCGGUCUCAUCGUCAUUCUCGCCUUGGUGUUGGUUCGCUUCGCCAUGGCCUGCGUGUUCAACUGGUUCAUGUCAUCGCGCCUUGCGGGGCCUCCCACAAGUCAGGAACUGAACAGGUCUGCAAUCAGUCCUGCGGUAAUGCCCGAGGGCGCGAACGUUUCUGUCGACAACAAAAAUGGCACAGCCCCCUGGGCCAAUCCCAAGAAACUUAGCAAGCCAGGCAACCCCAAAGCAGGUGUACCACGUUCCAUCGCAUCGUCAGCCUCGAGCGCAACUCUCACCAACAAUGAUGGCCUUUCACCCGUAAUGAGCUUAACCCAAAUAGGGGCCGAGUUGUUUGCGGUCUGUCUUGUCACUUGUUACUCCGAAGGCGAAGAGUCCUUGCGAACAACCCUCGAUUCCAUCUCCUCCACCACCUAUUCCGACGCUCGAAAACUUCUCUUCGUCGUCGCCGAUGGAAUGAUCACUGGCGCUGGUGAAAAGCGGAGCACACCAGAUAUUUGUGUUAGCUUGCUCGAGGCGGAUCCUCGGUUCGGAAACCCGAUUCCCAUGGCUUAUGGGGCUGUCGGCUCAGGCGCCAAGGCAAACAAUAGAGCGAUGGUGUAUGCUGGACAUUACACUGUCGCUGGUCGCCGAACGCCUACUGUCAUCGUUGUCAAAUGUGGUACCGAACAAGAGGCCCUUCAUGACAAGAAGCCCGGAAACCGUGGCAAGCGCGACAGUCAACUCAUCCUAAUGAAUUUCUUCUCUCGUGUUACAUAUAACGACCGCAUGACUCCCCUCGAUUUCGACCUCUUCCGAAAGAUCCACGUGCUAAUGGGCGUUACUCCCGACUUCUUCGAAGUCUGUCUCAUGGUGGAUGCCGACACCAAGGUCUUCCCCGAUUCCCUCGGUUACCUGGUCAAUUGUAUGCACCAUGACCAGAUGAUUAUGGGUGUCUGUGGCGAAACCCGUAUUGCGAACAAGCGGCAGUCUUGGGUAACUGCAAUUCAGGUUUUCGAAUACUUCAUUUCCCAUCAUCUCGCAAAGGCCUUCGAAUCCGUCUUUGGUGGUGUGUCCUGUCUUCCAGGUUGCUUCUCCAUGUUCCGUUUGAAGGCACGUAAAGCGUCGGGAGAUGAUUGGGUUCCUCUCAUCAUCAAACCUGAAAUCGUCAAGGAAUACAGCCAGUCGGAAGUCAUCACCCUCCACCAAAAGAACUUACUUCUCCUUGGUGAAGAUCGAUUCCUGACGACCAUCCUCCUCCGAACGUUCCCUAACAGGAAGAUGAUGUUCCUGCCCCAAGCCAAGUGUCGCACCAUCGUUCCGGAUACCUUCCCCAUUCUCCUUUCACAGCGUCGCCGAUGGAUCAACUCCACCAUUCACAACUUGAUGGAGCUCGUCCUCGUUCGCAAUCUGUGCGGAACGUUCUGUUUCAGUAUGCAAUUCGUCGUUUUCAUGGAUCUUUUGGGCACUGUUGUCCUCCCCAUUGCUAUCGCCCUCACAUACUCGCUAGUCAUCGCCUCGGCCCUCAACCCUCCAAAGAACUUUGAACAAGCAAUCCCGCUACUCCUCCUCGUUUCCGUCUUGGGUCUCCCCGCCAUCCUUAUCCUCAUCACCACUCGCAAAGUCAUCUACGUCUUCUGGAUGUUGAUCUACCUGUUUGCUCUACCUGUUUGGAACUUUGUUCUCCCUCUUUAUGCGUUCUGGCAUUUCGACGACUUUUCAUGGGGUGAAACGAGAAAGGUAGAAGGUGAAGGGAAAGAUACUGGACAUGGAGAUGGUGGUGGAGUUGCUUCUGCCGUCCCAAUGCGAAGAUGGGAAGACUGGGAGCGUUCACGGCUACGCAAGAUCAAGCGAGAAGAGCGACGACGCAGAGAUCUCGAACGGUCUCACCCUGGUGGUCUUUUCACUGGAGGCGAGCGUGGCGAAUACCUCGUUGCACCAGAUACACGCAGUCAAUACGGCGACAGCAGCGACACCUUCUCCGUCAACUCGUCCGACGACGACCACUGGGGUUCGCAAAUCGGCGGAUACAACGAAAACAAUGCCCAAUUCCCUCCACCACCGGUGGCGCUCUUCACCCCUCAUAAAAACGAACUGGAUUCGGCAAAGACAGUGGACGCUUCUGAACUUGAGGCUAUGUUAGAGUCAGGGUUUGAUGACCGACCCACACCUCCCGCGUCAGUGAUGCGGUACCAACUAUCCGAUGGUACGUCACCAAUACCUCCCGCAGGUGGCGGCAACGGAUACGUACCACUGAACCGUGCAGGCUCGCCUGGGCAGCCACAAACGCCUAGCGCCCUCUCCCCUACGACACCCGCCAUGACCCUCCCCAACGACUCAUCCAACUGGAGCCCACCGCGAGGACCACCUGGCCGUGGCCCACCGCAACAACAGAGAUAUGGUCCUUUAGGUCCCCUCGAUCCGUCAACGAAAUUUUAA